AUGAAAUAUAUCCGAUACUAUAUAAAUAACGAUAGCACGGAUGAUCGUAAAAAACUCCGCAAAUUGAGUGAAUUUCUCUCUAAUCGAUUGGGGAAACGAAUUACUGUUGACUCGGAAACUUGCUACCAUCUAAUAUUUGACGAGGAUAUCGAUGUUGAUCAUUUUGAACACCGAAAUUUUAACAAAUUGAAAUGGUUGCUUGGGAAAAAUCCGGUCAAAUCAACAUUAUCUAAAAAUUCGAUCUUCGAAAAAGCUGAAAAAGAAAAUUUGAUUGAAAUUGGAACAAAGCCGAUGUUUGUAACAUCAUUCAGUACGAAUGCUGUAUUAGUUUUGCGAGCAGCUGGUAUAAAACAUAUUAAACGAUUAGAACAUUCGAUACGUUAUCAAAUGCAAAAUAUUUCAUGGUCAAAUCGCGAAGAUAUAAUACCGAUGAUUUGUGACCGAAUGACUCAGUGUGAAUAUCCUAAAGAAGUAUGCUUUGAAGGAACUAAUGCGCGUGAAAAGUAUUUCGAAAUCGAUCUGAUCGGUUCAAUCGACAAUCUGAUAGCUGCAAAUCAAAAACUGAGUUAA